GGUAGUUUCGGGGGGCGGGGCCUACAAGCGUUUCCGGAGGCGUAAGGUGCAGGCUGGGGCGGUUGCGGCGGUUACGGCUUGAAAAGGCCGGGAGCGGGCGGCCGAAAGUGUCUAUUGGUCGUGCUAUGUGAGCGCGGAGCCCUUGGCAGCACUGAAUAAGAUUUGUGAUGAAAUGGAGCCUGGAGCAAACUCUUUUCGAGUAGAAUUUCCAGAUUUUUCCAGCACUAUUUUGCAGAAACUGAACCAGCAGCGCCAGCAGGGACAGUUAUGUGAUGUCUCCAUUGUUGUCCAAGGCCACAUUUUCCGGGCACACAAAGCUGUUCUUGCUGCCAGUUCACCCUACUUUUGUGACCAGGUACUCCUGAAAAACAGCAGGAGAAUUGUUUUGCCUGAUGUGAUGAACCCAAGAGUGUUUGAGAACAUUCUCCUAUCUAGUUAUACAGGACGUCUGGUAAUGCCUGCUCCAGAAAUUGUUAGUUACUUAACAGCAGCAAGCUUCCUCCAGAUGUGGCAUGUGGUAGACAAAUGCACUGAAGUUUUAGAGGGAAACCCCACCGUCCUUUGUCAGAAGCUAAAUCAUGGCAGUGACCACCAGUCUCCAAGCAGCAGUAGUUAUAAUGGCCUGGUGGAGAGCUUUGAGCUGGGCUCUGGGAGCCAUACUGAUUUUCCCAAAGCCCAAGAACUAAGAGAUGGAGAGAAUGAAGAGGAGAGCACCAAAGAUGAAUUAUCGUCUCAGCUCACAGAGCACGAAUACCUUCCCAGCAACUCCUCCACAGAACAUGACCGACUGAGUACUGAAAUGGCAAGCCAGGAUGGGGAGGAGGGGGCCAGUGAUAGUGCUGAGUUUCACUACACCCGGCCCAUGUAUAGCAAGCCUAGCAUAAUGGCUCACAAACGCUGGAUCCAUGUGAAGCCCGAGCGCUUUGAACAAGCAUGCGAGGGCAUGGACGUGCACGCACCCUAUGAUGAGCACCAGGUCACAGAGUCCAUCAAUACUAUGCAGACAGAGCACUCAAUCCAGCCUUCAGGAGUGGAAGAAGACUUUCACAUAGGGGAAAAAAAAGUGGAAGCCGAGUUUGACGAACAGGCUGAUGAAAGCAAUUAUGAUGAGCAGGUGGAUUUCUAUGGCUCUUCCAUGGAAGAGUUUUCUGGAGAAAGGUCAGAUGGGAAUUUUAUUGGACACAGACAGGAGGCUGCCCUAGCAGCUGGCUACACUGAGAAUAUUGAAAUGGUAACAGGGAUUAAAGAAGAAGCUUCACACUUAGGAUUUUCGGCUACUGACAAGCUGUAUCCUUGUCAGUGUGGGAAGAGUUUUACCCAUAAGAGUCAGAGAGAUCGACAUAUGAGCAUGCACCUUGGUCUUCGGCCUUAUGGCUGUGGUGUCUGUGGCAAGAAAUUCAAAAUGAAGCAUCAUCUCGUGGGUCACAUGAAAAUUCACACAGGAAUAAAGCCGUAUGAGUGUAAUAUCUGUGCAAAGAGGUUUAUGUGGAGAGACAGUUUCCACAGGCAUGUGACUUCUUGUACCAAGUCCUACGAAGCUGCAAAGGCGGAACAGAAUACGACUGAGGCUAACUAAAAAUAGGAUCUGGCCCUUGAGUGGCAGGCACAAAAAUAAACUAUGGUAAUUAUGCAAAUCUGGGCACAGAUGAUUCGUGCUACUUGCUAUUAUAAGAGAAGCUUAAAAAAAAUAGUUCUGAAAGACCAGCUCUAAGUAGGCCAAUUAAAAAAAAAAAAUCUAAAUUCCUCAAUUUUUUAUGUUCCAGGCCAGGCCAGGAUGGGUAAUGGGGAGUAAGUUAACCCACCGUCAAGCUGGCAAGGUAAACCUGUAUGGAUGGCCCUUGUGGCUUAGGCAGAUAGACUUGGUGAUAGAGACACCUGCACUUGAAACUGAACUCCAGUCCAUUUAAGGUGGCACAGUUUUUAUCACUCAUUAUUACAUGGUCAUGUUGAAGUUUUACUUUACUCUUCUUAUAGAUACUUAAGUGAGGUGGAUUUACUUUGGUAGCUGCUUCACUGAUUGAAAUGUUACUAUAUAAAAGCUACAAAUAAUGUGAUUCCCUAGGAUGCUAAAUUGAAUAACAGAACUCUCUUGUUUGGUUUUACUCUUUCUAAAGGUAGUUGAGCUAAAACUAUGGAGAGACUAAGGGUGAAAUUCUUCAGUCUAAUGCUCUCCCAGCUGAGCUAUUUCGGCACUACUAAGGGUGAAAUUCUAAGUGUGGGAUAAAUACGGUACAAAUUCAAUUUCCAUAGGAUGCUACUGUCAUAAUGUGCUUCAGAUUCUUGAUAAGGCAGAGUUUUGAUUUAGUACAAUAUAAAUAAUUUUGUCUAAUUAUAAUUCUCUAGGGUGCCAGAGACAGGUAUUUGUAACUAGCUUACUACCCCAAAUCUGGCUUUAUUGUAGCAUCCACAUAGUGGGAUCUGAUCUGUAGCUGACAGAUAACUAACCUGCUACAACUGUCCAUGGUAUCAUUGACUCCCCCAGCCUUUUUGCUUUGUCUUAGAUCAUGGUACUUCUCAAAGAGGUCAGUCAGUAACCACAGCUAGUGGGAAGGAGCCAAAAAUGAGACUUACCUGUGAAUUUAAGGAGUUAGUAGAGUGCUGCAGUGACGCUCUGUCGGACUGAGACUCACUGGUAGCAGAAUUUUAGUAGCACAUUAUACUUGAAAAAAGAAAAAAAAACUUCCCCUGUAAGAGAAAACAGGAGUCUAUUAACACUGGUAUAAGGGAGAUAUUUUUAGAGGGUACACUGAGCUAACACUGCUAGCUCUUUAGGAGGUUAGGAGUACUCAAAUAGGAUCUAAAGGGGGAGGAAGGGGAGUUUUAAUUUUAGAAAGUAGACUGCCAGAUUUGUGCUCCCAGAUUUUUCGUAAAGCUGCAUAAAUUCACAAGUUCACAUAUCUAUACCUACCAACACACACACAUGAAAAGCAACUAUUCUAAGGCCUUUUCUGUGUGUCGGUCAGGUAUUUAUGGUGAAAAAGAAAACAUGUAUGCAGAAUACUUUUAAGCUGUAUAAUAUACCUGAAAUUAUCACCAGGGUAGGAUAGGGUGCUAUUACUAUGUCAUUUUUUUCCUAUUAAGCUUUCUGGUCUGUUACUUCUAAGUAGUAACUUUUUUCCCUUAAAAAUAGCUUUUGGAUUUGGGGUGAAAUUUUGUUUUAAAAGUUUGGCUUUGCUUGAAUGUGAUAGGCAUUGCUGGCAAGGCCUCUGAUCCUCAAGUUCCUUCCAAACAAGGCUUUGGUCAAGCAUUGUCUAGAAAGGGGAAAGCAAGUACUUAUUUACCAGUUAAUUCUUGUAAUCAAGAUUACAAAACAGGGAUCUACUCAUUAACACUGUAUCAUUCUAGAUAUAUGAAAAGCACUUUGUAUUUAAAACUUUAUUAUAAAUAUAAAUAUAUAUUAAUUUUUUAAUCUAGAAGCUAGAUAUUACCUCUUGGUUGUUUGCCACAUUUAAUAUCCUCUUAGUGUUAAAACCUCGCCCGUUAACAGUCCUUUCUCUGUGUACCUGACAGACCAUAGAAGUGAUUGUACAAUCAAACUCAAUUACUACUUUACAUGUUUCAAUUACAUGUUAGGUAUGAUCUUAGCCAUUAUAUCUGAGGGAAAAUUGUUCUAUUGUUCCUACAGUAAUUUCAGUACUAAGGCAGUGAAGCCAUUUUGUUCUGCCAAAAGUGUUUUCCAAUUAGUCUUUCAGGGAUUGUGUCAGUGGCCUCCAACCAAGAUAUAUGCCCCUUGCUUUGAAUUGUAACUGUGAUUUUUAUUUAAUUUCAGUGGGAAAAGGCUUCAAGGCACCAAAAGUGGUAUUUAAUAUUAGUAUUUAUACCAUGCCUUUAAUUUCAGAUCUACACAUAGUAAUCCACUUGGUAAAGUAGACACUGCCAUCUAAGAAAGGGCAGACACUGAAAACUUGCACUCAAGUGUUGAGGAUUACUCUUGGCCCCAGUCUCACCUUAUUCCAGUUUCCUUUUUCUUUCUUUCUUUUUUUUUUUUUUUUGUUUUGUUUUUGCCACUGCUUUAAGAGAGUCUGCCCAAAAGGUCCCCUUUCUCCAUUCUCAUGGACAUUUGCUGCACUGAACUGAUUCUAAUUUGACUUCUAACUAUUUGGGAUCUGCUUUAUUCCACUAACUCCUUCCUGUGGAGGCACACACAUCCCUAAGCUGCUUCGGAAGUGAAGUAGAAGCAGAGCAAAAAGCAGGAUAGCUAUGCUUUUCCUGGAGAAAGGAAUUUGUUGCAACCCCUUAGGAGAGGAUUCCAUUACACCAAAUCCAGGUGUUUGCUUUUACAAGGUCUCUGAUAAUUGAGGAAUUCUGGAAACCAAGCAGCCUAAUUUUAUGAUUUAGGUUGCUUUCAUGGGUGAGUAAUUUUAUUCAGUGAAACCAGCGUUGGUUUUGGAUUUUGGGGGUUUCUGUUUUAUUUUGUUUUGUUUCUUUGCUACUUAAAUAUUUAAAGGUACAUGUUUCUUAGUUCAAAUCUCUACUGAUAGUGCCCUAUGGGAAGAUGCUGGAACACAUUUUGAAAAUGUGAAAAUCCCCCCACUUUUUUUUAAAGUUUUGCUUGAAAAGCCUUUGUCAAAAUUUUGUCAAUUGCUGCUGCCUUCUUUCCUUUUAUGAGGUUCCCAAUGUUUCUUCCAGAAAAUUACUGUAUUUAUGCAAGUCAGGUGACUCUUAAGACAACAAAACCAUUUGAUGAUAAGCAGGUUAUCAUUAGGUGCAUAUCUUAUUGAUACUUUGUGAAAUGUUAUGCCUGUGUUGCAAAAGUUGAAUAGUUUUGUCUAUAUAUUGCUGUCUUCAGUGUACAGCAUGGUUUUACUUAAUGAAUGUUACUGUUUAAUAUUUUCUUCUUAUAGAAGAGACCACGCCCUUUUGUAUGACAUGUUUUAAUAAAUGUUACCUGUCAACUUUGUAAAAUUUUUGAUUUUCAUUCUGGAGGUAUGACCACAUGUCUUUGUUUUCAUUCUGACUUUUGCCACCUAAAAAUAAAAUUUAUAUUGUGGCCUUUUUGCUAAGUAAAUGCUAAA